AUGUUCGUGAGAAUAUAUUGUCGAUGUUCGUCGUGCUGCUUGUAUAGGCAGUUUAACGCUAGUAUGUCACGCUAGACAUUAUCGGCUCUCACGCAUCGCUCGAUUACACGUGGGUCUAGAUACGCAUACGUUCGACGUCGUGUUCACUCAACGUGCGUUUCGCUGCAGGUCCAACCUAUCGAAGCGUUCACUCGACGUGCCGUCGCUGCAGAUCCAGCCAAGCACAAGCACACAAGCACAAGCACAAAAGCACAAUGUCCAAACCAGUCGUCCUCGCAGCCGCGGCCGCGGCCGCCGCCUACUACCUGUACAAAAACAAGAAGGAGGACGAGCCCGAGGAGGUCGUGCGCGUGAGCCAUGCUGAGGCCCUGGAGAAGACGACGGCGGCUCUCAAAGCCGUCGGCUGGGACGACGAGGGCGCGCGCGUGCAGGCGUCGAUCAUGGUGUCGAGCGAGGCCUGCGGCAACAACCAGGGCUUGGUCAAGAUGUUCAAGCCGGAGUUGAUGGCGCCCGCGCCGGGCGCCGGCAAGCCCGUCGUGGAAAGAGAGACGGCGUCGAGCGCCGUCAUUAAAGGUAACCAGUCGCCGGGCAUGCUCGCCCUGACCAAGGCCGUGGACCUCGCCUGCGCCAAGGCCAAGGGCGGCGUCGCGUCCGUAGGAGUAUAUGACACGUCCACGUCCUCGGGCCAGCUCGCCUUUUAUGGAGCGAGAGCCGCGGAGAAGGGCCGUAUCGUCAUCAUCACGGCGAACUCGCCGGAGUUCGUCGCGGCCAAGGCCGGCGCGAAGGCGUCCUUCGGGACCAAUCCUUUAUGCUUCGCCUGCCCCGUCGAGGGGCGAAGCCCCUUUGUGUUCGAUAUGUCGACGGCGGCCAUCGCGCUGUUUGGGGUCUUGACCUGCAAGGCCAAGGGCCAGCCGCUUCCUCCCCAGUCAGCCUACGACGCGAACGGGAACUGGACGAGAAAAGUAGAGGACAUCCACAUCGGCGGCGGCGGCGGCGCCAUCGCGAACUUCGGGGGCCACAAGGGCACGGGCCUGGCGCUCAUGGUUGAAUUAUUAUGCGCGGCGCUGGCGGGCGGCGCCGUCCUCGGCCAGGACGUCAAGAAGACGGCGAAGAACUGGGGCCACCACGUCAUCGCGAUCGACCCGGACGCGAUGGCCGACGGCUUCGCGGGGCGGGCGGCCAGCAUCAUCAAGACCGUCGCGGCGUCGCACGCCGACGGCGUACGGCUCCCGGGCGACUCGUCGAACGCCAUCGCCGCGAAGAACAAGAGUGCUGGGGCCAUCCCCGUGCCCAAGCGCAUCUGGGACGUCAUCACGGCGACGGCGGCCAAGGCCUGA